GCGCACCGCGAGUCCAACCUCUCCACGCACGGGAGCGCAAGGGAAAAUGUCGCUCUAAUCUUAAGGCUUCACAGACGUCUGUUGUAGGCUACUGUCAAGACUUAACUGACAAGACGAUCUUUUAUCCGCAGAAAGCGUCUUCAAGCGCCGAUGUAUCGAUGAAUUUCUCCGGGAAACUGACAAGCGCCGUCCUGCUGGUGCUCCUCGCAGCGCAAGGCUGUUAUUCAUCUAAGGGGGAGGACAGAUUAUUUCGGAGGUUGUUCAGGAGGUACAACCAGUUCAUCCGACCAGUGGAGAAUGUAUCUGAUCCAGUCACAGUGGAGUUUGAGGUCUCCAUAUCUCAACUGGUCAAAGUGGAUGAGGUCAAUCAGAUUAUGGAAACCAAUCUGUGGCUGAGGCAUGUCUGGAACGACUACAAACUGAAAUGGGCCCCUGUUGAGUAUGAUGGGAUUGAAUUCAUACGAGUUCCAUCCAAUAAAAUUUGGAGGCCAGACAUUGUUUUGUACAACAACGCUGUAGGUGACUUUCUUGUGGAGGACAAGACCAAGGCUCUGCUGAAGUAUGAUGGCACCAUCACCUGGGUUCCUCCAGCCAUUUUCAAAUCCUCCUGUCCUAUGGACAUCACCUACUUCCCCUUUGACUACCAGAACUGCUCCAUGAAGUUUGGCUCCUGGACCUACGACAAGGCAAAGAUCGACCUGGUGCUGAUUGGCUCAAAGGUGAACCUGAAAGACUUCUGGGAGAGUGGAGAGUGGGAGAUCAUCGAUGCACCAGGAUACAAGCAUGACAUCAAAUACAACUGCUGCGAGGAGAUCUACCCAGACAUCACCUACUCCUUCUACAUCCGCCGCCUGCCUCUCUUCUACACCAUCAACCUCAUCAUCCCCUGCCUCCUCAUCUCCUUCCUCACAGUGCUGGUCUUCUACCUCCCAUCGGACUGCGGCGAGAAGGUCACCUUGUGUAUCUCUGUGCUCCUCUCCCUCACUGUGUUCCUGCUGGUGAUCACUGAGACCAUUCCUUCCACGUCACUCGUCAUCCCACUGAUCGGCGAGUACCUCCUCUUCACCAUGAUUUUUGUCACGCUCAGCAUCGUCAUCACUGUCUUCGUGCUGAAUGUCCACUACCGCACCCCGAUGACUCACACUAUGCCGGAGUGGGUAAGGUCCGUGUUCCUCGGGUUGCUGCCCAGGGUGAUGUUGAUGAGGCGGCCGAUCGACCAGGGCUGCUCCUCCCCUGCCAGUAUUACAGGGGGGACAGGAGGAGGAGGAAGCGGUGGAGGAAACAAGAAUAGAAAAAACAGCAUAGGAGGAGGAAGUGGCUCAGGAAGUGUAAGUGUUGGGGGUAUAACUGGGGGUGUAGCGAUGGAUAGUGGUGCAGGAGGAGGCGGGGCCACCUCAGCUGGCGGCUCCAUGAACUGUGUGGAGUUUGGUGACAUGAACCGGGAUAUAAACAGGAGGUGCCCCUACAGAGGCAAGGAGGUACCGACUCCUGUCCCUCCUCCAAUGGCGCCACCCCCCCCUCCCCAAGCUCCCCAGGCUCAGGGCCCCCAGGAGUCAGAGCUGCCAAAGCUGCAAAGGUCCCUGAAUGCCCCUUCACCGGUCAGUGCUGUUGUUGCCUUCUCCGUGGUGUCGCCAGAGAUCAAGCAGGCCAUAGAGAGUGUGAAGUACAUCGCAGAGAACAUGAGGACACGCAACAAAGCCAAAGAGGUGGAGGAUGACUGGAAGUACGUCGCCAUGGUCAUCGACAGGAUCUUCCUGUGGGUUUUUGUGACAGUGUGUGUGCUGGGAACAGUGGGACUGUUCCUCCAGCCACUCAUCAGCUUCUUAAAAUGAGACGCUUGUCUUUGUCCCGUCUCUUUCUCUAUCUUUUUGUCUACUUCUGUCUGCCUCUGGAUCCCACUUGAAUUUCUUUGGGAAUUAUCCUUCCUGCAGCUCUUUCACAUCAAAAACCGGGAUGUCGUCUUUCUCCCUUUCUGGCUUUUUGUUUCUCCUCUAUCUGUCUCAUGUUCUUCUCUGGGACUCCAACAUCAGCCAUCACUUUUAGCCCUCAGUCGUCUGUUUCUUCACGUGACUUACCCUCAUUUCCCCAUUUCUCCCUUACCUCGCAGUGUCAAUGUGCACGCAGUGCUGUUAUCCAGUCUCCUCCUCCCCAUCGCUGUGUAUUUUCUGACGUGAUUAUCACAUCUGCUCUCCUUUCCUUUCCUGUCUUGUCCCUUGUGUUGACCUGCCACUGCCUACAGCUUAUCUCUUCAAGAUUGUCUUGUCUCCAAUUGUGUCUAUUCUUUUCUGCAUUUUCAAACUGUCUAUUUUACUGAAAAUGUCUUCUCAAUCAGUGUUACUGUACAGUCUUAUACAAUGUUUAACAAAGUCAGGUAAUAAUUUAAGUAAUUCUUAUUAUAAUUACUAUGGAAGAACCUUUUAAGAUACAAAUCAAAUCAAAUCAUUUUGCAGUAGCACUCCAGGGGUGUAUUCAUUGUAAGCCAGUGCAAUAAAUACAAUACACUUGUCCAUCUAUAAUUUCUGGUGAAAGACAAAUACUUAAAGUUUGUGAUGACGUCUGAUGUUGUGAUGUCAAAAUUAUUUGAUGGCUGCCACUUUUUCUUCAGGAUGAUUUUUUUUUCUUUUGUCAAUCUUCUGUGUUUCCCUGUACAUAUGUUUGUAAAAUACAAUGAGUUACGCAUGGCUUCUUAGAAUGAGUGCAGGCUAUGGCUGCACACACAUGAUGUGCUUUCCACAUGUGGUCACACUAACUAUAAUUAUGCAUCGCACAUGAAUUCACAACUCCACUGCAUAGAACUUACAUUGCAUAGAAAAACUUUGAAUUGCACUAUGUAGAUUCAACUUGUAAAAAAAAGUCUUAAAAAGGCCAAAACGGUCUCAAGUCAUUUGUAACAAUAAAGAUGUUCCUGGGCUCAAA